AUGCCUCGAUCACUGAGCCAUGCGGAAUUUGGCGUUGGGUGGAUAUGCGCCCUGCCACUGGAGUUAGCCGCUGCGACAGAAAUGCUGGAUGUGGUAUAUGAAAACCUACCCGUCCAGCCAAGUGACCACAACACAUAUACGCUUGGAAGGAUCGGGGCGCACAAAGUUGUGAUCGCGUGCUUACCGAGUGGUGAAUAUGGGAUUGCAUCUGCAGCGACUGUUGCCAUGAAUAUGCUAUCCAGCUUUCAGUCUGUGAAAAUUGGCUUGCUAGUAGGGAUCGGAGGCGGGAUACCGUCCCACACAGAAGAUAUUCGUCUUGGGGAUGUUGUUGUCGGCGUUCCAACCAGCUCCAACACUCAUGGAGGUGUUAUACAGUACGACCUUGGAAAGGCGGGCCAUGGUGACAAGUUUAAACGCACAGGCAUGUUAAAUCGGCCACCGCAAACUCUUUUGACAGCUGUAUCCAAGCUGCAGGCUAUCCACCAAAUGGAGGGUAACCAAAUCUCUUCAAUCAUGAAGGAGGCUGCGAAACAAUCAUUGGCUCUACGUACUGUCCUGGAAGCGCCCCAACGUGAAGACCUGUUAUUCGAGACAAGUUACACCCACGAUCAGAAAGAGCCAACAUGUCGUGGCUGCAACCCAGAGAGAAUUAUCGGCCGGCCUCCCCGAGUGCCCAACCAGCCUAGAGUUCAUUAUGGACUGAUAGCUUCGGGAAACCGAGUCGUCAAGGACAGCCAUUUCCGGAACCGUCUGAGUCGUGAUCUUGGGGCAUGCUGUGUGGAGAUGGAGGCUGCUGGUCUAAUGAACAACUUCCCGUGCCUGGUUGUUCGUGGCAUAUGUGAUUAUGCCGACUCGCACAAGAACAAGGAUUGGCAAGGCUAUGCCGCUGCAGUUGCCGCCGCAUACGCCAAAGAGCUUCUUCUGGUCGCGCCAUCGGGCAUUGACGCGGUUCUAAACAGUCAUCUUGGGCGUACACCAAAUAAGCUGGACAAGACCCGCAGUACGGCUGCUACCAUCUCAGAGAGCUUAAAGAAACGCAUCUUAAGUUCACUGUUGCCCUCAACAAUAGAUUUGCCCUAUAGCGGCCAAACCUACCAUGUUGAUUGUGCCUGGGAUGACAUGUUGGGCCAUGACGCAUACAACACUUGGUACCAAGGCCAAGAGACUUGCGCGCAUCGCGGCCUUAUCUGGAUCAAGGGUAAGCCUGGUUCUGGGAAAUCAAGCUUUUUGAAGUUUGCAUUUAGUCGUGCGGUUGAAAAUCUGCAAAGGGAUGGCUCAUGCGCCGUGGGGUUCUUCUUCCAUCCCCUAAAUCAACAUCUGCACUGGACCCAGCUCGACCUCUUCCAAAUCAUCAUCUACGAGCUGUUACAAUACGAUCAUGACCGCCUUGUGAACUUUAUGAAGGCCUUUGGCCGUAGGUUCGAGGAUUCCAAGAAAAGACCCUGCUGGAGUAUAGAAGAGCUGAAGUCAUUUCUGAAGACCGCAUUCACCAAGCACCGAACGUCCAGGACGGUGAUUUUUGUGGACGGCAUAGAUGAAUGUGAAGGAGAUGGGAUGAGGGAGCUGGCCAUCUUUUUUCGAGAAAUAACAGCAGCCUCGCAUGUGGCCGACGCAAAAUUGAGCAUAUGCUUGUCAAGCAGAGAGUACCCGAAAGUCAGCAUUGGAGAGUGUCCUGAAGUCUUGAUCGACCGGCACAAUAUCAAAGAGAUUCGACGGUACAUUGACCGAAAAUUAGCGACGGCUGGCCUGGAGGGGCAUGAACAAUGGGUCAAACUGACAACUUGCAUUGUCGACCGAUCUGCUGGAGUCAUUCUCUGGGCCGUUAUAGUGAUGGAUACGCUAUUGCAAGACUGGGAUAACGGCAAGAAUUUUAGAUACCUCAAGCAGCGACUCAAGGAGAUUCCACCAGCUCUGGAGCAACUGUACAAUCGAAUACUGUCCACUGCCGAGACACAGGACCUCCAGAUGACGUUGAAGUUCUUUUACUGGGUGGUACUAGCAGCUAAGCCACUGCGCUUGCUCGAAUGGCACCACGUCAUCGCCUGGAUUCGAGACAAGCCGCCAGAAUCCUUACAGGAGUGGCGGGAAUCUGAUUACUAUGAUGAGAAUACAUGGCAGCUCGAGCGGCAGAUACAAAUUAUUUCCAAGGGGCUUGUGGAAGUUAACACGAGUCCGACGCAACAAGCUGCCAUCGAAAGAAACUCCACACACGGCGAUGCUGGUUCUCUGAAUAGCGAGGAAGGCGAGGCACGGACGGUGCGAGUUAUUCACAGCUCGGUCGCCGAAUUCUUUUUCCGUGGAAAGGGGUUCUUCAUCCUGGAUCCAGCACUGAGGAGCCAGUCCCGGGCUCUUGCUGUUGGCCAUCUUAGCAUCCUCUCUACCUGCCUUGACUAUAUAGCCAUUCCAGAGUUGGACGUUCUGGCACAAGGGCGAGAAAAGGUCGAUCGUCUCAUAUCCCACCGACAGACACAUCGUCCCCGGGGAGCCAGGAGCGAGGCCAGCUUUGGAUCAUCCGCCUCAAGCUACACGGGUUCGGCUCGUUCUGACCACUAUGACUGGAACGAUGCGGACAACAACGUUUUCUCAACCCAUCUGCUACCGCCGUCCAGUGAUUCCGUCACUAAAUCUCCGCCUUUAGCUGGAGGCAGUCUGUCUGUUCCACCAACUAUGCCUUUUGCGUUACAGCAGUAUUUGCAGUCUAUACCUCAAAUUGAUCUCAGUGUCCUGGAGCGAGCGGCGAGUGACAUUGAAAGCCAUAAAUCCGAGACUAAGUUGUCGCAAACCUUGCAGGAGUAUCCUGACUUUCUUCUAUACACAAUCAACGCGUUUGCCUUUCAUGCGAAGUAUGCUGACGAGUAUAAGGGCGAUCCUGGGCACAUUCUGCGCCGCCUUAGGGCUGAAAACCUCUGGCGGCGCUGGAUUUGCCUCGCAGAUAAAUUCUCCUGGGAUACGACUUUGCUCCACUUUGCCGCAGAGCUGAGUCUGGUCUCAUGGAUCAAUUGUUUGCUGUUAAUGGGUGCUGAUCCAGACGAGACAGGAAGGGAAUAUCAGUAUCCGCUUAUGGCCGCAGUGGUUAACCACCACAAGGAGGCGACCAGGAUACUUGUUAAAUGGGGCGCCAAUGCGGUCUGUGGGAACAAGAUAUCAAAAUCGCCACUUCAUUAUAUUGCUGAAGAGGGCUCUACCGAGUUCCUGGACUACUUCUUGAUGAACAUGCCAGCGCAAAAUCCAUACCACGCGAAGCUGCUAUAUGCCCGUGAUGACUUGCGCCGAACACCGCUACAUCUGGCAGCGCAGAAGGGUCACCUGUCUAUGUGCAAGAAACUGUUGGAAUUGGGAGCGGAUCCAAACUGUUACGAUUACGGUGAAAAAUGUGCUCUUCAUUAUGCUGCCGAAAGUGAGGAAUCGAGCAUGGCCGUGUGCCAACUUCUGCUUGAAAAUGGAGCCCUAAGGGAUGCGUCAACAGAUGAGCUUCUUACCCCAGGUCAGCUUGCUCUACAAAACGGGCACCUAGACCGCUUAGCACUAAUUGAAGACUAUUCCCCUGGCGAAAACGGUCAUUCACACAGCGCUUCGACGACAGCCUUGGAGGUUCGGCUAGUCGAGUUUCUGGGUAAAAGCCGGCUAAAACAUCCGUAUAUUCAGCUUUGCUUCGCGGAUCAGAAAAAGACUCUAUACCCCGCAAAAUCAUCCCCAGACAACAAGACUGGACGAGAAAUAGUGCAUUUUACCAUUACACUUGCCACCGAGGAACAGGUAUUUCUGCACCUAUUUGAUAUCCGCGGAUCGAGGCACGUUCGCGGGAAGAUAAACUGGGAGGUGAAGUACAUUGGAGAAAAGAAUGGAGAGCUCGAGACCCGUGUCUUUAUGCGCAGCCAUGAACGCAUGCAGAAGCAAGAUACACAGGCCUUUCCUGUUUCAGGGGGAAUGGUGACCCUGGAGGUGCUUGUUCCACCCACGGUCGAAAUCACAGACACAGAAAUGGUAAUACUACCUCAAGGGGCGACGCAGCGAGCGCGGCCCGUCCGCCAACGACCGUCCAUGCGCAUAAACAACUUCUUCAAGCGUAUUACCCGCAGAGCUCUACCGAAUCGCAGGGAAAUGACAGACUCCAUUAAGCCCCCGCGGGCCAGCCCAUGA